CCCACCUCCGCGCCCAGCCUCCGCGCCCAGCCUCGCCGCCGCCGAGCGCCGGGCUCGCCACGCUGCGCUGGGCAGUUGAGAGCAGGCGGGAGGUCGAGCGGUCCGGGAGCGCCGGGGGCGGCGCCCAGGCGGUGGAGGGCGGGGAAGGGACGCGGCCCGAGAGGAGGGGGCAAGGGGAAAAAAGGGAGAAGGAGGUCCGGAGCGCGCCAGCAGGCAGCCGGUCGCCGGGACCGCAGAUGGGUGUAGAGUUUCUCCACUUUUUUUCUGAAAUUCCUGACAGAAUGUUUUUCUCUGGUGGGCAGUGCAGCCAUCUUGGCAGACCUGAAGAAGGUUCAUUGACAUUCAAAAUAUUCCUUGUCCUCAUUUGUCUUCAUGUCGUCCUGGUUACAUCCCUGGAAGAAAAUGCUGAUAAUUCCAGUUUGUCAUCACCACCUGCUGACCCACCUUUUAUCAGUUUUGUCCCUUCAUCCAAUGAGGUUGAAACUACACACCUCGAUGAUGCCACUUCAAGCAUAUUGUCUACUUUAAACAAAACAGAAAAAGCUAAAAUCACUAUAGUAAAAACCUUCAAUGCAUCAGGAGUCAAAUCCCAGAGAAACAUCUGCAAUUUGUCAACUAUUUGCAAAGACUCAGUGUUUUUUAGAGGCGAGAUUACAUUUCAAGACCAAGAACCCAACAUUACCCAGAAUCAAAAUAUAACCAAUAGUACCUACACUGGAGUCCUGUCGAUAAGUGAAUUGAAACGAUCGGAGCUCAACAGAACCCUACAAACUUUAAGUGAGGCUUAUUUUAUAAUGUGUGCUACGGAAGAGGCCCAAAGCACAUUCAAUUGUACAUUCACAAUAAAACUGAAUAAGACAAUGAAUGUGUGUGCUAUAAUGGUUGCUUUUGGAAGAAUAUCGAUUCGACCAAUGGAACAGUGUUGCUGUUCUGUCAAGACACCCUGUCCUUCCUCACCAGAAGAGUUAGAAAAGCUGCAGUGUGAUCUACAGGAUUCCAUUGACUGUCACGCUGGUCAUCCACGUGGACCACCAUUUUCUUCCAGCAAUCCCAUCCCAGUUACACCUCAAGCCACCAUCUUUUCUCAGAUUUCCAGUGCCUUCUCUUUGGCCGAACCCCUUAAUCAAACCUCUGUGAACCAGAACACUAUCUCUCUGACACAGGAGGGUCGGCUUCCGUCUCCCCAGCCUUCAGCUCCCCUACUUUCCAGCCCUGCCAUUGAUACGCCUGCUCAAUCUAGAACUGUCUCUUCCCUGCUGCCCCAAACUAAUCUUUCUUACACCCCACCACCUGCGAGGUCCUCGCUUCCUUCUCUCACCACGUCUGCCCCUAUGAGUGACGUCACCAUCAGCACAACCCCCGGAGAGGCAGAAAUUGUCAAUACCAGCUACGUUUCUGAUCUUGAGAGUCAAGUGUUCCAGAUGGAGAAGGCACUGUCCUCAGGCAGCCUGGAACCUACCCUUGCUGGUGAAAUGAUAAACCAAGUUAGCAGACUCCUUCAUAACCCACCUGCUUUACUGGCCCCUGUGGCUCAAAGAUUGCUAAAAGUAGUCGAUGACAUUGGCUUACAGCUGAAUUUUUCGAGCAAGACCAUAAUUCUAACCUCCCCUUCUUUGGCUCUGGCCGUGAUCAGAGUGAAUGCCAGUGAUUUCAGUACAACUACUUUUGCGGCCCAAGAAUCUGCAAAUCUUAAGGUUACUCUGGAAACUGAGGCUCCUGAAAAUAGUAUUGGUGCUAUUACUCUGCCUUCAUCGCUGAUGAGUAAUUUACCAGCUCAUGAUGUGGAGUUAGCUUCCAGGGUCCAGUUCAAUUUUUUUGAAACACCGGCCCUAUUUCAGGAUCCUUCCCUGCAGAAUGUCUCUCUGGUCAGCUAUGUCAUAUCAUCAAGUGUUGCAAACCUGACUAUCAAGAACUUGACAAGAAACGUUACAGUCACACUGAAGCACAUCGAACUAAGCAAGAAUGAUUUACCAGUGAGAUGUGUAUUCUGGGACUUGAGCAGAAAUGGUGGCAGAGGAGGCUGGUCAUCUGAUGGCUGUUCUGUCAAAGACAGAAGGCUGAAUGAAACCAUCUGUACUUGCAGCCACCUUACAAGCUUUGGUGUCCUACUGGACUUCUCUCGGACAUCAUUACCACCUGAUCAAAUGAUGGCUCUGACAUUCAUCACAUAUAUUGGUUGCGGGCUUUCAUCAAUUUUUCUGUCAGUUACUCUUGUCACCUACAUAGCCUUUGAAAAGAUCCGAAGAGAUUACCCUUCCAAAAUUCUCAUCCAGCUGUGUGCUGCCCUCCUCCUGCUGAACCUGGCUUUCCUCUUGGACUCGUGGAUUGCCUUGUAUAACACACGAGGCCUUUGCAUCUCAGUGGCUGCAUUUCUUCAUUAUUUUCUCUUGGUGUCAUUCACAUGGAUGGGCCUAGAAGCAUUCCAUAUGUACCUGGCCCUUGUCAAAGUUUUUAACACUUAUAUCCGAAGAUACAUCCUUAAAUUCUGCAUUGUCGGCUGGGGGGUACCAGCCGUGGUUGUGACCAUUGUCCUGUCUAUAUCCCCAAACAAUUAUGGGCUUGGAUCCUAUGGGAGAUUUCCCAAUGGCUCACCAGAUGACUUCUGCUGGAUCAACAGCAAUGCAGUAUUCUAUAUUACAGUUGUGGGAUAUUUCUGUGUGAUUUUUUUGCUGAAUAUCAGCAUGUUCAUUGUCGUCCUGGUUCAGCUCUGUAGAAUUAAAAAGAAGAAGCAAUUGGGAGCCCAGAGAAAAACUAGUAUUCAAGACCUCAGAAGUAUUGCUGGCCUUACAUUUUUACUGGGAAUUACUUGGGGCUUUGCCUUCUUUGCCUGGGGACCAGUGAAUGUCACCUUUAUGUAUCUCUUUGCCAUCUUUAACACCCUACAAGGAUCCUUCAUAUUCAUCUUCUACUGUGUAGCAAAAGAGAAUGUCAGGAAGCAAUGGAGACGGUACCUUUGUUGCGGAAAGUUACGGCUGGCUGAAAAUUCUGACUGGAGUAAAACUGCUACUAAUGGUUUAAAGAAGCAGACUGUAAACCAAGGAGUAUCCAGCUCUUCAAAUUCCUUACAGUCAAGUAGUAACUCCACUAACUCCACCACACUGCUAGUGAAUUAUGAUUGUUCAGUACACGCAAGCGGGAAUGGGAAUGCUUCUACGGAGAGGAAUGGGGUUUCUUUCAGUGUUCAGAAUGGAGAUGUGUGCCUUCAUGAUCUCACUGGGAAACAGCACAUGUUUAAUGAGAAAGAAGAUCCUUGUAAUGGUAAAAGCCGUAUGGCUUUCAGAAGGACUUCAAAGCGAGGAAGCAUGCACUUUAUCGAGCAAAUGUGAUUCCUUUUUUCUAAAAGCAUGAUGCUUGGUGUGAAAUGCCCGAUUUUACCUUUUACACAAUGUGAGAUGUAUGAAAACAACUUAUUUUAUACUCAGCAACCUCUGGAAGAACAUAAGCUAAUUGAGGGCAAUGGUUACCAUUGGAAGAAGAAACUAAGACAUUAUCGUGGUCUUAAGACAUUAUGUGAUAUGGUUUCUUAUCCUUUAUUUUAAAAGAAGAUUGGUCUUUUAACACAGUAAGAAUAAGACUCAUGUAAAAAGAUAGUUAAUUUGCAGCCACAUUUUACAGAGGCUGAGUUAUCUUUGAUAACAUCCUAGAAAGCAGCUCUUGACUUCAGCCUAUUGGUGAGUUUAGUUGUGCAUGCCUUUAUUGUAUAUAAGCUAAAUUCUAGUGACCCACAUGUCAAAAAUCUUACUUCUAUCUUUUUAUAUUUAUUUUCUACCAUGUAAAUUUAUUCUUUUGUAGAAUUGUGGUUAUGCUGUUUUGACUAAUGUGAUAACUCAGAAAAUCCUGAUGCAGUGAAUUCUAAAGCUCCUUUUGGAGAUUAUGCGGGCUGUGAAAUAUAGAAACUUCACUGAAAUCAAGAAAUGAUGAUAAACUGGAAAAAUGUAAGCAGACAGACAGUGCCAUAGAUAGUUCUUACAGUGCCUUUGAGUGAGUUAGAAAAAGGUCCCCACUGAGUAGACACAGCCCCAUGGGUUUAUGACUUGACAAAGGGUAAAGUCAUAUUUUAGCCCCUCUUGGUUAUACUCUUAUACGAAGUAUGGUCUGUGCAACCAUACGUGACAUCCAAAACCAAUACCCAUCUCCAGACUUAAGCCCUAAUCAUAUUAUAGAAUCUGUACCCAGAUGUUUGGCUUAAUACCUUGGUCACAGGGAGGGAUGAAACUCUAAUCCACACCAUAUGUCAUGGAGAUUGUGAAUGUGGAAGAGAUACAUACACUGCCAAUUCUUAAAUACCCAGAGCCUUUCACAAGUGAAUAAUAUAUUAUAUAAAACAAAUCAUGUUGCUGUUCUUUAAAGGGCAACUACUUAAUACAACUGGUACACUCUGGCUCAGCCAGAUUUCUAAUAAAUUUUAAAACAUGUCAAGUCUUCAAGAGUGUGUAGUGACAAGGGGGAGCAGCUACUAGGAACAGUAAACUAAUUGUGAGAGGCUGUUGUUUCUAUGUGUAUCGAACCCUGAUUGCCCCUAAUGAUAGUUACAUAGGGUUACCCUGCUUCCCACUUACACUUGCUUGAGCAGUGCCUCAAGUAUGUCUUUGUUAGAAACAUUUCAACACCCCUUACUUAGGUCUUUCACUGAGGCUCCCUUGCAUAUAUUUCAAGAGAAUGUUGUAUCUGACUAGCUAUAAUAAUAAUAUAAUACAUUUCUGUGAGUGCUGAUUCAUCUUUGCUAUAUCCUCUGAUUUAUUUAAUUCCUUGUUUUUAUGUGUUAAAAUAGACACAAAUGUUAAAAAUCAAUGAAAUAAAUUUGCAGUUAAGUCCUUUAA